GCUCAGACCAGUAUCAGUUAUGAGGAAGUGAAACUCAGACAGUCGUUGUGACUGAGAGGUGAAAUGGCGCAGAAAGGAGCUCAGCAGGAUCGAGAAAUCUUCUCUUGUCCGAUCUGUCUGGAUCUACUGAAGGAUCCGGUGACUACUACAUGUGGACACAGCUACUGUAUGAACUGUAUUAAAAGCUUCUGGGAUGGAGAGGAUGAGAAGGAAACCCACAGCUGCCCUCAGUGCAGACAGACGUUCACUCCGAGGCCUGUCCUGCUGAAAAACACCAUAUUAGCAGUUGUAGUGGAUGAUCUGAAGAAGACCGGACUCCAAGCUGCUCCUGCUGAUCUCUGCUAUGCUGGAGCUGAAGAUGUGGCCUGUGAUGUCUGCACUGGGAGAAAACUGAAAGCCUUUAAGUCCUGUCUCACCUGUCUGGUCUCUUACUGUGAGCAACAUCUCCAGCGUCAUUAUGAUGUCGCUCAGUUAUCAAAACACAAGCUGGUGGAGCCCUCCAAGAAGCUGCAGGAGAACAUCUGCCCUCAGCACGAUGAGGUGAUAAAGAUGUUCUGCCGGACCGAUCAGAAGUCUAUCUGUUAUCUCUGCUCUGUGGACCAACAUAAAGGCCACGACACGGUCUCAGCUGCAGCAGAACGGACGGAGAAGCAGAAAGAGCUGGAGGUGAGUCGACAAAACAUCCAGCAGAGAAUCCAGGACAGAGAGAAAGAUGUGAAGCUGCUUCAACAGGAGCUGCAGAACAUCAAUCGCUCUGCUGAUAAAACAGUGGAGGACGGUGAGAAGAUCUUCACUGAGCUGAUCCGUCUCUUGGAGAAAAGAAGCUCCGAGGUGAAGCAGCAGGUCAGAUCCCAGCAGGAAACUGAAGUGAGUCGAGUCAAAGAGGUGGAGGAGAAGCUGCAGCAGGAGAUCAGAGAGCUGAAGAGGAAAGACGCUGAACUGAAAAAACUCUCACACACGGAGGACCACAACCAGUUUCUCCACAGCUACCCCUCACUGUCAGCACUCAGUGAGUCCACAUCCAGCAUCCAGAUCCGUCCUCUGAGCUACUUUGAGGAUGUGACAGCGGCCGUGUCACGAGUCAGAGAUAAACUACAGGACGUCCUGAGAGACGAAUGGACAGACGUCUCACUGACUGAAGUGGAUGUUUUACUGUCAGAUUCACCAGCAGAGCCCACGACCAGAGCUGGAUUCUUAAAAUAUUCAUGUGAGAUCACACUGGAUCCAAACACAGCAUACACACAGCUGUUAUUAUCUGAGGGGAACAGAAAAGGAACAUACAUGAGCGAUCAACAGUCCUAUCCAAGUCACCCAGACAGAUUCACUUUGUACAGUGAGGUCCUGAGUAGAGAGAGUCUGACUGGACGAUGUUACUGGGAGGUGGAGUGGAGAGGGGGUAUGGUUUUUGUAGCAGUUUCAUACAAGAAUAUCAGCAGAGGGGAGUUUAAUGACUCUUUAUUUGGACGCAAUGACAAAUCUUGGGCAUUAAGAUGUCACAACAACGAAUAUACAUUUUUGUACAACAAUGUCGAAACUCCCGUGUCAGGUCUUCGGUCCUCCAGAUUCGGAGUGUACCUGGAUCACAGAGCAGGUAUUCUGUCCUUCUACAGCGUCUCUGAAACCAUGACCCUCCUCCACAGAGUCCAGACCACGUUCACUCAGCCGCUCUAUGCUGGACUUCUGCUUGGUUACAGCGAUGGAGACACUGCUGAGUUCUGUAAACUCAAAUAACCAAAGGGACAGCAGGUAAAAAUGUGUUUUAACUCUUAAAGCUCCCAUUUUGUUCACCUUUGUGGUGUUUUAUUUGAAGUUUUUAUAUCUAUAAGAUGAUACAUUUGUAGUUUAA